AUGUCCGGCCCUCAGCCUGGCGGUGGGUCCGCACACUCACGCGGUGUGAGUGUGGGCAACGGCCCACCCACUGCGGGCAUGGCAGGCCCCUCGCAGCCCAUGGCGCCUCAGGGUGGCGUGCCUCCCGUUGGAGCCGCACCCGGCGGCACUGCGCAGUCGUCCCAGAACCUAAACCAUAUCGUCUUAGAAUACCUUAACAAGAAGGGCUACAACCGAACAGAGGCUAUGCUUCGCAAGGAGUCUGCCAAUCAGGAUGCCGAUGGCCGCCCCAUUGUGACUCGCGCCGAAGACCGGGGUGGUGGUCAGUAUGAAAAAGCUUUCGAAUUGCUUCGCGCCUGGAUCGAGGACAACCUUGAACUUUACAAGGUCGAGCUUCGGCGACUUCUCUGGCCCAUCUUCGUCUAUUCCUACCUCGAGAUGCACAGAGAGUUCUACCAAAAGGACGCUAGUAGCUUCUUCACCAGAUACAAGGACUCUUUCAUCCAGGAACACGACCAAGAUGUUCGUCAGUUGUCGACGAUAAGCCUUCCGGAGCACGUUGCGGAUAGCCACAUCGCAAACAUCUACAGAGGCAACAAAUAUCGCUUGACGUUGAGCAACAUGGCAUUCAACAGCCUCAUCCAAUACCUGGAGUCCAAGGAGAGGGAAGGAGGCUCUGUCAUCAUCAGUCUCAUGAACAAGUUCAUGAACAUCAUCACGCAGGAUCGCACUGCGACCGGCAACGAGAGGAGCCUGGCUGCUAUGAUUGCUCGCGGUAGCGUGGAAGAAGACUUACCUGCCGAAGAUGAGGGUAUUCCUGGUCACAACCCUGGUUCAGCCAACACAGACCGAAAUGCACCUCCGGUUCUCGCGAAGCUGCAACUAGGGGCUCUUCCCAUGGAGCCAGAUUUGAUGGAGGAUGUGCGAGCCGAGCUUCAGGAAGAAGACAGCAAGAACCCUCCACGGCCUGGCCAGAACUCCCUUAUUGAUGAGUUUGAACAACGCAUCAAGCGGGAAUCGUCCGAGGAGGCACCGACUCGUGAAACAGUGCCUUUGCCUCCUUCUCUAGCCCGUGACGUCCUGAUGGAGGUCCAGAAGGUGAAGGAGAACCGUGACAGGUUUAAGAUUGAAGGUCGCACCGGAGGCGUUGGCCCUGGCGUUAGUGUCUGCAUGUUCACCUUCCACAACACAUUUGACAGCAUUAACUGCCUUGACUUCUCUGGCGACAACGAGUUCGUCGCCGCGGGUAUGCAAGAGUCGUACGUCCGCGUAUGGUCCUUGAACGGCAACGCACUCCCAUCUGUGAACCCGAACGAUAAGCCAUCCGCUUCCAAGCGGCUGAUCGGUCACUCGGGUCCAAUCUACGCCGUUUCGUUUUCGCCAUCCACUGCCAACCCUGCCUCCGGAGGGCCUUCGACUCGUUCCAAGUAUCUCCUUUCCAGCUCGGCGGACAAGACCAUCCGUCUGUGGUCCUUGGAGACUUGGACGUGCGUGACAGCGUACAAGUCACACAGCGGGCCUAUCUGGGACGUCAAGUGGGGACCUUUCGGACACUAUUUCCUUAGCGGAUCUCUCGACCGCACGGCGCGUCUUUGGACGACAGACCACAUUGCACCGCACCGACUGUACGUUGGUCACGACAACGACGUGGAUUGUGUGGAAUGGCACCCGAACGGUGCCUAUGUGUUCACGGCCUCGAGCGACAAGACAGUGCGCAUGUGGCACAUCAACGGCAAUCCGCUGCGGAUGUUCACCGGCCACACGAGCAACAUCACCGCACUUGCUUGCUCUCCGAGCGGCAAGAAGCUUGCCAGCGCCGAUGACUCUGGAAACAUCAUCAUCUGGGACAUCGCGGCGGGGUUGCGCAUCAAGCGUAUGCGCGGCCAUAGCAAGGGAGGGGUAUGGUCGCUUUCCUGGAGCGUCGAAUCUUCAGUCAUCAUAUCGGGCGGUGCCGACGGCACUGUGCGCGUCUGGGAUGUGCUCCAAGAGACACCGGAAACUCAGAGCGCCAAUGGCAAAGUGAUUGCGGAGGGCGGCUCGGGCACCAAGAUCGAUGGCGGUGGUUCCGGAUCUGGCGGUGCGAACAAGAAGAAGGCGAAGGAUGUGGUCAUCACGGCAGAUCAGAUAAGCGCGUUUCCAACCAAAAAGAGCCCGGUGUACAAGGUGGAGUUUACGAGGAUGAACCUCGUUUUGGCGGGCGGUGCGUACAUGCCCUGA